AUGGCUGGUCUGAACUUGUCCUUUUGUGUUGCAGGAGCUAUGCCUGUCCCAGACCAGCCUCCUUCAGCUUCAGAGAAGACCAGCUCCUUGAGUCCAGGCUUAAACACCUCCAAUGGGGACGGCUCUGAGACAGAGACCACCUCUGCCAUCCUUGCCUCCGUCAAAGAACAGGAAUUGCAGUUUGAAAGGCUGACCCGAGAGCUGGAGGCUGAACGGCAGAUCGUGGCCAGCCAGCUGGAGCGAUGCAAGCUUGGCUCGGAGACAGGCAGUAUGAGCAGCAUCAGUUCAGCAGGAGAGCAGUUUCAUUGGCAGACACAAGAUGGUCAAAAAGACAUCGAAGAUGAACUUACUACAGGCCUUGAGCUGGUGGACUCCUGUAUUCGCUCUCUGCAGGAGUCAGGAAUACUUGACCCACAGGAUUACUCCACAAGCGAAAGGCCCAGCCUGCUCUCCCAGAGUGCACUUCAGCUCAAUUCCAAACCUGAAGGGUCUUUCCAGUAUCCGGCCAGCUACCAUAGCAACCAGACCCUGGCCCUGGGUGACACAGCCCCUUCUCAGCUCCCAGCACGCAGCACACAAGCCCGAGCUGCCACCCAGAGCUUCAGCCAGCAGUCAGCCUUAGGGAUGGAUUAUAUCCUCGUUGUUGUGUCCUCUCAGAACCCUGUCAGUCACAGGAAUCACUGUCAGACAGUUCUCGUGUAUUCCUGGCUAGACUUUUUUCAGACACUAAGCAUCAACAUCGUCGUGUCCUCGGCCGGCCUGUCCCCGAUCCGCGUGACCUCGCCCCCCACCGUGCAGUCCACCAUCUCCUCUUCGCCCAUCCACCAGCUGAGCUCCACCAUCGGCACCUACGCCACCCUGUCGCCCACCAAGCGCCUGGUCCACGCGUCCGAGCAGUACAGCAAGCAUUCACAGGAACUGUAUGCCACGGCUACCCUCCAGAGGCCGGGCAGCCUGGCAGCUGGGUCCCGAGCCUCGUACAGCAGCCAGCAUGGGCACCUGGGCCCUGAGCUUCGAGCCCUGCAGUCCCCAGAGCACCACAUAGACCCCAUCUAUGAAGACCGAGUCUAUCAGAAGCCCCCUAUGAGGAGUCUCAGCCAGAGCCAGGGGGACCCUCUGCCGCCAGCGCACACUGGCACCUUCCGUACGAGCACAGCCCCAUCUUCCCCCGGUGUCGACUCCGUCCCCUUGCAGCGCACAGGCAGCCAGCAUGGGCCACAGAAUGCCGCCGCAGCCACCUUCCAGAGGGCCAGCUACGCUGCUGGCCCAGCCUCCAACUACGCAGACCCCUACCGACAGCUGCAGUAUUGUCCCUCCGUUGACUCUCCGUACAGCAAAUCUGGCCCUGCCCUCCCACCCGAAGGCACCUUGGCCAGGUCCCCAUCCAUUGACAGCAUUCAGAAAGACCCCAGGGAGUUUGGAUGGAGAGACCCAGAGCUGCCCGAAGUGAUACAGAUGUUGCAGCAUCAGUUCCCUUCCGUCCAGUCCAAUGCUGCAGCUUACUUGCAACACCUCUGUUUCGGAGACAAUAAAAUUAAAGCAGAGACAAACAUGUAUGUGGACACCCUGUUUGCUUGUCCGUCUCCUGAGACCUGCUGCUAUGAGCUAGAGGACACUGAAAAGGAGGUGUUGGUGUUAACAGAUAGUGCUCUUGGACCUGUUUACAGGGAUAAUCAUGAUGCCAUCAGCUACAGUCGAGGCAGGAGGAGGGACAGGCUGGAAAGGUGCUUUGGGCAAUAA